GAGAUAUUUAGAGAAAUAUUUGCUGCAGAUAUUUUCGGAUGCCCUAAUGGGGCUGGGAAUUUCUAAAAAUAUCUCCGAAUCCGCGUCAAUAAAAAGUAAAUGCCGUUUUCAUUUUCGACAAAUCGAGUCUGGGGCACGAUCGCAUCGACGGCGCCCCCGUUGACUAUCCUCUUCGCCAACCUUCAUGCUUCAUCUGUUUCUCGCUCGAGGGAUCGAAUAAUAUUUGAUCCGUCGUGGAAAGGCCCGGACUUGGGGGAAAAGAUAUGGAACCACAAGCUUCUCAUUCUUCACAGAUCAUUGGCAUAAGCAUAGAUAAGUCGGGGGAUGAAUCUAGCAUAGCCCGUAAAAAGAUAUGCGGUGGCACUGCAUGUGGCUUCUCUGAUUCCACAUCAGACUCCAGAGAUGCUAAAGAAAGAUUUGCGUCUAUGCGCAAGCUUCUGAUUGCCGUCAUCUUAUGUGCCAUUUUCAUGGCUGUAGAAGUGGUUGGAGGAAUUAAAGCAAACAGUCUCGCAAUUCUUACAGAUGCCACACAUCUCCUUUCAGAUGUUGCAGCAUUUGCCAUCUCCCUGUUCUCCAUUUGGGCGUCAGGGUGGGAAGCAACCCCGCGCCAGUCAUAUGGAUUCUUUCGAAUAGAAAUCCUCGGAGCUCUAGUGUCGAUCCAACUUAUAUGGCUCUUGACUGGUAUCCUACUCUACGAAGCUAUUGCCAGACUUAUCCAUGAUACUGGUGAAGUACAAGGCCUCUUGAUGUUUAGUGUAGCUACAUUUGGUUUGCUUGUUAAUAUCAUUAUGGCUGUCUUGCUUGGACAUGAGCAUGGACAUGGCAUGCAUAACCAUAGUCAUGGUGGGCAUGAGGACAGCAACAACGAGCACGGCCACGACCAUGACCACGACGAGCAUGGCCACAGCCACUCUGGCACUCACUCAAACCAUGAUGAUGACAAUCACGAUUAUAGACAGGAGACGGGACAUGAUCAUAGCUGUGAAGGUGGCAAUGUAAUUCGCCAGAGUCCCAGAGCAAAUGCAGGAGACAGUGAUGAACUCGAUCCUCUGCGGCACGAGUCAGAAAAAUCCCUAGUCAGCUCAAAGCAUGUCAAAGGCAAAACAAGAAAUAUCAACGUGCAUAGCGCCUAUCUUCAUGUCCUCGGCGACUCCAUUCAGAGUGUAGGCGUGAUGAUUGGUGGUGCCAUCAUAUGGUGGAAGCCUGAGUGGAAGUUAAUCGACAUGGUGUGCACACUUUUCUUCUCGGUCAUCGUUCUGAUAACGACCAUCAAGAUGUUAAGGGACAUACUCGAGGUCCUGAUGGAGAGCACGCCGCGGCAAAUCAAUGCGACCAAACUUGAAGAAGGGCUUUGCCAGCUGGAUGGUGUUGUUGCAAUUCAUGAACUGCACAUUUGGGCUAUCACAGUAGGGAAGGUUCUUCUUGCUUGUCAUGUGAUGAUCGCACCAGAGGCGGAUGCUGAACUUAUUCUCGACAUGGUGAUCGGAUUCAUCAAUCGAGAGUACAAUAUUAGCCAUGUAACCAUCCAAAUAGAAAGGCAAUCUAUGUAGUUUUAGGCAACUCCUUGUUUCUAAACCAUUUGCCAGUAAUGGUCAUCUGUCUAUUGCUUCA